AUGCUCCAAUCCAACAAAUCUAGAGAGAACCUCCAUUCUCGUUAUGCCCUGUUCCGGACAGAUUUCUCGUCUGUUGCCGUCGCUUUGUUGAAUCCUUCGUGUCGCGACGCUGUCGAUUCCAUCAGCAGAAUGUCCGGUCAUAUCAUCAAGAACAUGCAAAAAUAUGCCUGCGAAGCUGGUUAUGGAGUCCAGUACACCGGCAUCGAUGAUCCUGUGGCCCAGAAGAAGUUCGCCAAAGGUAUCAAUGAAGUGUUCGUGACAGUGACCACUAAAUGUGAGGACAAAUUCGAAGACAAGCACCUGUGUCAAGACCCCGACAGUCUGAACCCUCUCGUGCAAUGUAUCGACGACAACUCACGCCCUGCGGUUGUCAAAUCCCUUAGUGGAUUGCAUCCCCACAUGUCGGAUAAGAGAUGCAGAGCAGUGGCCGAUUACUUCAACAGCGACCAAUUGUGGAAGGAGGACUUCCCGGAGCAUUUCAAGGAAUACGUCAACCAGUGCCAUGACCUGUGA